AUGCUCAUCCAGAAGUUAGAGCCGAUCAGCAAGUCCGUUGAUUAUAGUGCGGUUACUCUGGGCUAUGCACUCAAGCUCCAUGAGAGCUCUCAAGAUUUGCGGCGGCUACCAGCGUCGGUAGUACGGACGGAUUCAGAUCCCCAUCAACUGGGCCCAGUGAUCCCCGAGUCUUGUGGAAAAGAUUAUCGUCGACUAUUGAACCAGCGUGGAUUGGUUCCGCAACUCAUCACAUUCUUGGCGAGAGACACGAAUCCGCAGACGGAUACCGAAGCCUCACGCUACCUGAAGGAAUACUAUUGCCACACCCAACCUCAGGCCAGCACUCAGUCGCAAGAAAAGCGCGCCCUACUCAAAUUAGAUCUCUUAUUGAUCCCGAUCUUAGGCCUGUUCUUCUUCUUGAGUUUUUUGGAUCGCUCGAAUCUUGCUAAAAAUCUGAUGGUUGCAACCACGCACCUUUCCCCUCCUCCUUUCCCGAAUGAACUCAAGACCUUACAUAGUUCACUUAUCGAGCUCCCGUCAAAUUUACUGGUACGCAAGAUCGGCGCUGGGAGAUUAAUCCCAAUGAUUGUCGCAACUUGGGGAUUGGUAACUUGUUUACAAGGCUUGGUUACCAGUUAUCGGGGACUUCUUGUAGCCAGGUUCUUCUUGGGGCUAGUUGAGGGCGGACUAUAUCCAGCUAUUGUACUAUAUCUAUCAACAUUUUACACCAGGACCGAGUUACAAUUUCGGAUCGCCUUGUUCUGGGGUACAAUUUGUAUAUCUGGGGCCGCGUCAGGGUUGCUGACAUACGCGAUCAUCGAGCUGCACGGUCGUUGGGGACACCCAGGCUGGGCUUGGGUUUUUCUGAUUGAAGGUUUUGUUACAGUGAUUUGCGGUGUUAUUGGAUUCUUUAUUCUGCCAUCAAGCAUCGAGAAGGUAAAGAUUUUGACGGAAGCAGAAAAAGCCUUAUUGAGAUCGAGAUUAGAGGCAGCUUCGUCGACCGGUUCCAAUGUCUUUUCUUCCGACAUUUCGAGUCAGCAUUACCCUAACAAGUCAACUAUGCUUCAAGUCUGGGAAGCUUGCAUAAGCCCCCACGUGUUUUUCUUGAAUAUAGCACAAUUUGCAUGUGCUGGUAACAUCAAUAGCCUGGCCUAUUUUACACCUACCAUUGUCAAUUCGUUUGGCUAUUCUCCAUCAACCACUCAGCUGUUCUCAGUUCCACCCUUUGCUGUUGCUUUUGUUUUCGUACUGGGCCUAUCAUACUGGUCAGAUCGGCGUCAAGCUCGGGGUCUGGCAUGCGGAAUCAGCUCGGUAAUUGCAAUCACCGGGUUUGCAGUCUUUUACGCUUCAGGCCACGAUAAAGUGAGGUAUGGUUCCCUUUUCUUAUCGGUCCCUGGAGCAUAUGGCGCAUCGCCAAGCCUCUCGGCCUGGACGGCAGACAACAGUGCACCUCACAUGCGGAAAGCAACCGCACUCGCCUUGGGGACCAUGGUGGCCAACUCUGGUGGUCUAUUUUGCGUUUGGGCAAGUCUUCUCUUGUCUUUUUCAGUGAGGCAGAUUACGGGGUCUGACUUGAAAGCUUUUUUCUAUGCUGCUUCAAUCAUCUGGUGGUGUUUAGAUCUUCACAUUGGGGCAUAA